ACAGAACCUGGCAACCUCAUGGCUCAGACAGACCCUACUAUAAACAAGCGGAGCACCUUCACCGGUCUGCGAGGCUAACCAACUUUCUAUGUCAGUCACCCAGUUCAUCUGGAUCAGUAAGUCCAUACAAAGUGCUCCCCCAUACCCCGAGCAAUGACCAUGACCUGACCGAUGGACGGCUGCAGUGUCUGCUCAGAUAAAAGGGUCAACUUUGGAAGUAGAACAUGAAUGACAAACUGGUCUUCCUGGGCCUGCUAUACUUUGUCCAAGGCAUCCCAUAUGGACUCCAGUCUUCCCUGCUCCCUGUCUACCUGCGUGGAGCUGGUCACUCCCUCACCCGCAUUGGUUUCACCAAAAUCCUCUACUUCCCCUGGGUCCUCAAGGUGCUAUGGGCCCCAUUUGUGGAUCGGGUCGGCACCAAGCGUCGCUGGCUGGUGGCGACAGUUUCUGGGCUGGCUCUGACAUGUCUCACGAGUGCUGCCCUGGCCCCUGAAGCACAUAUCUGGGGGGUAGCCGGAACCCUGUUGGCCAUGAACAGCUUGGCCUCGGUCCAGGAUAUAGCUGUAGACGGGGCUGCGGUGGGGUUGCUGAAAGGUCGCGGUGAACUGGGGCUGGGAAACACGGCACAAGUCGUGGGCUAUAAAGCUGGAUCCGUAUUUGCAGGUGGCGGGCUGCUGGCUGUGAUCGACGUGGCCGGAUGGAGCUGGAUGUUCAUGCUGCUGACAUUUGUGUACGCAGGUGUGGCUCUGUUUGUGUGGGGGGCCCCUGUACUGGAUGAUGAGGCUGUGCGGGGCCAGCAGGCAGAUGGCAGCAGGAGGGGAGGGCAGGGGGCAGAAGCUAUGAGGCCAUGGCGGAUAUGGAGGAAGCUGCUGGCAGUGCCCGGCACCCCUUGGACGGUCCUGUAUGUGCUCACAUACAAAUUAGGUGAGCAGGGUGCAGUGACCAUGUUUCCUCUGUUUCUGCUGGACCAUCACAUGACGGCCCGCGAACUCGGCUUCUGGAACGGCGUCAUCGCCAUGGGCUUCUCCAUCUGUGGGUCGUCCCUCGGAGGCCUGCUGCUUGCUCAGUUCAGCAUCGGGGCUCUGAUGAGGCGUGUGUUUGUGUUGCGUACCAUCAGCAUGGUCUUCCAGAGCUCUCUACUCACGGUACUGGAACCAUCACCCACCAUGAAAGGUAUGGCCGUCCUGAGCAUGAGCAUCCAACACUUCCUGGGCGGUCUCAUCACCACGCUCACCUUCACUACCAUGAUGCAUUGCACUCAGAGGGCUGAGGAAGGCAUUCAGUCAACCCACUACAGUUUCCUGGCAACUCUGGAGGUGUUAGGGAAGCUGACGUUCAGCGCCCUAGCAGGAGGCGUGGUGGAUUGGUUCGGGUUCCAAGUUGCCUUCCUCUUCUUCCUCACCCUGUCCGCUGGGACGGCUCUGCACGUGUGGACGGCUACCUUCACUGGUGCUCUCAGGGAACACCAGCUCAAAGAGCAGCCCAAGUGAGAUCGGGAUGCGGGUCUUGAUGAGGGGCUUAUGCAGGUGCUGAAAGUGUGUUUGAGCAACUUAGAGAACCAGUAUUCAGACAACUUCAAAGUCCUUUAAUGCAGUGAAAUAAAACUCUCACGACUUCAGCAAAUCAUUUUAGUACAGUAAAAUGAAUAAGUUUACUUUCUGGUUCUGCCAUUUCUUAAAGGAGAAAUCAGCCAUGCUUUAUGUACUCUUAUUACAGAGUGUUUCUUUUGUCAUUGCACUUGCAAAACUGGCCUUACUUUUUACUUAUGUUGCAUUUGAAUUGUUCAGAAAAGUCUUAAUAUUUACUGUAGCUUGAAGACACUCGCCAAUGCAGAGUAGGUUAGGAUGAGCACAUUGAUAUUGCUGUAUUGGUUAAGGACAGAAUGGGAUCAUUGCGUCCAAUAAGAAUGAGAAACUGAUGUGUAGUGGGCAAAUAUAAUCAAAGCUGUUUUUAUCAUCUGAGCCAUUUUACUGUUUGAAGAAGCCAGCAAUAAGAGCUGCAGCUACAAGCAAUACCGCUACAUAGUGAUGCUUAUUCCAUCAUAUUGUACUGUAUAUAAAUCUGUUAAUUUCCCUGAGUUUUAUUGUUUACGGUUACUAACAAACGAUUCUCUACUACCUCGAAUCAGCACUGUAUGUUACAUGUAACAUGAGGUGAAUGUGCAGUAGCUGCAACAAGUAACAUGAGGUGAAUGUGCAGUAGCUGCAACAAGUAGAGUCCACACUCAUUCACAUUUAGUAAAUAUAAUACACACAUGCCAUGCUAACUGAGCUGCAAUACUUAGCCAAAGUAUGUGUAUAGUUUUUUAACCUGUUUUAUUCUGAAAGGUAUGGUAGCCAAUUAAGGCUAACCGAUCUGAAAUCGCCCAAACCAUUUGCAUUAGGGGAAACGUGCUGCAAGUUCAGAAGGGAUGCAGCUUUAUGAACACGCAUGUGAAAGUACAAAACAAAUGCAAUGGUAGAAAUGUUCUGCAUAUUAAAAAAGUGGGAUACAAGAAGAAAAAAGAGCUGCAUUAACAGCAAAAAGGUUGCAAAUCCACAAACACAGAAACACAGAAAACAUGCGGGAGAAAUGCGCUUCAAAUCAAGACAUGUCAACAAAACAAAAGUGCUCCGGGCCCCUGAAGGUGCUGAGUGGAACAGGUUAUUAGUGAACAGUUUUUUCCUUAAUUGAACUUAAAUUAACUUGACAAGAUAGCUGUUAAGAUAGAUAGUAUAGUUUAAUGACAGGGGAUAAUAUUAAAGUAUAGUUCAAUGACAGGGCGUUACAUUAAAAUUAAAGUAGCUGCAGGGUAAGAAGUGGUGAUUUUAGCUAACUGUCUGAAAUAAAGAAUUACUGUUUGGCUAUUUUUACUUCUUAUAAAGCUGUGUUUCUGCAAAGUGGUCAGUGAGGCCCGACCCACAGAGAGAUCAAGCACCCCAGAGGCCUGAAACACUGCCGGUGUCACAUCAUCAUUUUCAGCAAUUUUCUUUCAUAUUUGAUCUCUGAAUUCUUGCAUCUUUGGGAAUAUUUGCUGUUAUUGCAGAUGUUUUGUUUGUUUUUGGAUUUGCAGAACUUUUCUCUUUAUACUGAUAGUUUGGGUCGUUGUAAAUCGGUUAGCCUUAUAUUUCACCAUAGAAAGGGAAGAUAUAUGCAGCUAUUUAUUCUAUUUAUUUAACUGCAGAUUUUUUAAAUGAUUUUUUUUCUUUAUUGAAUCAAGCACUAACUGCUCCCUUAUUGUAGAUCCCUUCAGCCUCAUUGCAUGGUGUCAAAGAAUCAAAUCUAUAAACACUUCGGUACGUCUGUACAAUUGAACAGUGCUCUUGAUGAAACUUGAAAGACUGGUAAUACUGGUAAAAAUAAAGUUUUUCAACAUAUUUUCAAUCAUGUGUUAAUUAAAUGUUAAUAAUAUGUACUGUAAAAGCACAGUUAUUCUUCCUGGUACUGUACGCAAUAUUAGAUAAAAUUCUCAGAGCCUCAAAUAUGAAUGAAACAGCAGCGCAGAAUGUUUUUCCCUUUCAAGGCUCCACCGGAGAAUGUAUUAAUACAACUCUUAAAUUGAUCAUAAAUUUGGACAAGUUUGGCCAAAUUAAACAGCUGGUCACCAUCUUUCACUUUCACUUUCAAACUAAAGAAACAUCAAACCACAUCAUUACUGUUUCACCUGUGUAGCCAGGGUCACAGCCUUGAGAUUUGCACACAAAAUAAAGCUGCUGAGUGAACCUUAA